CUCCACCCUCCGGUGCCCUCUCCACCCCUUCCCCUCCCCCCAUGUGACCUUACACUCCUAUUGUCCGGAACUGGUGAUUCAGGCCUUUCAGCCCUUUGCAGAACUUUGGUCCUUUGGAGGCAGGGCAGUCAGCAGGGGGAGGUCUAGCCCCCAGCUCUAUUUCUGAGUGGCUUAACUGGCUCCAACUGCCCUCAUCAGAUGGAAGCGCCCGGGGCUAUUUCCUUGCAGCUGGGAGUCAAUGCACUGUGUGCGCUAAAGCUGCGUCUUCCCUUGGGGCUGCCCACUCCCUCUUCUGAUCCCCUGGGCGGGGGAGAGACCUAUCUAAGCAGGGCCUGGACUACAUCUCCCAGCGUGCCUGUCAAGAGUGGUGGCCUCUGUGCGUCGGCUGCACCAGUUGCGGGCAACAAUGCAGCGGGCUGGGAGCAUGAUGUCCUGUCUGGGCUUGUGUCUCCAGGCGCUCCCCUCGGCCCUGCGCCGUUCUCUCAGUAGUGCACAGGACGUGCUCCGCAGGACACCACUCUAUGACUUCCACCUGGCCCAUGGCGGGAAGAUGGUGGCAUUCGCAGGCUGGAAUCUGCCUGUGCAGUACCGGGACAGCCACGUUGACUCACACCUGCAUACACGCCGGCACUGCUCGCUCUUUGACGUGUCCCACAUGCUGCAGACCAAGAUAUUUGGCCAUGACCGGGUGAAGCUGAUGGAAAGUCUAGUGGUUGGAGAUAUUGCAGAGCUAAAGCCAAACCAGGGAACACUGUCGCUCUUUACCAAUGAGGCUGGUGGCAUCUUAGAUGACUUGAUUGUGACCAACACCUCUGAGGGACACCUGUAUGUGGUGUCCAAUGCUGGCUGCUGGGAAAAGGACCUGACCCUCAUGCAGGGCAAGGUUAGGGAGCUUCAGAACAUGGGCAGUGAUGUGGGCCUGGAGGUGAUGGAUAAUGCCUUGCUAGCCCUGCAAGGCCCCACUGCGGCCCAGGUGCUACAGGCUGGCGUGGCAGAUGAUCUGAGGAAACUGCCCUUCAUGACCAGUGCUGUGAUGGAGGUGUUUGGCGUGUCUGGCUGCCGUGUGACCCGCUGUGGCUACACAGGAGAGGAUGGUGUGGAGAUCUCGGUGCUGGCGGCGGAGGCAGUCCGCCUGGCAACAGCUCUGUUGGAAAACCCAGAGGUGAAGCUGGCAGGGCUGGCGGCCCGGGACAGCCUGCGCCUGGAGGCAGGCCUCUGCCUGUAUGGGAACGACAUUGACGAGCACACCACACCCGUGGAAGGCAGCCUCAGUUGGACAUUGGGGAAGCGCCGCCGAGCUGCUAUGGACUUCCCAGGAGCCUCGGUCAUUGUUCCCCAGCUGAAGGGCAAGGUGCAGCGGAGGCGUGUGGGGUUAAUGUGUGAGGGGGCUCCUGUGCGGGCACACAACCCCAUCCUGAGUACGGAGGGUACUGUGCUUGGUGCUGUGACCAGUGGCUGCCCCUCACCCUGCCUGAAGAAGAAUGUGGCAAUGGGUUAUGUGCCCUAUGAGUACAGUCGGCCAGGUACCCUGCUGCUGGUAGAGGUGCGGCGAAAGCUGCAGAUGGCCAUGGUCAGCAAGAUGCCCUUUGUGCCCACAAACUAUUAUACCCUUAAGUGAGGAUGACUUGGAGCAGGGCCCUCUCCUCCAGGAGCCUUACUCUGGAGGGCAUUCUACAAGGGGUUAGUCAGGAAGCUGAGGCAGAACACACUUGGGGUAGGUGGCUAGGUGGAGGCUGGUACUGGUUGUCUGGGUGACAGGGUCACACCACCUAUUCCCACUUCAACCUGUGCCACUUGCAACUUCAAGACCCCAUUUCUGAGUGACGGACAAGCCCACAGUCCCAUUGACCCCACUCUUGCCUGCUGGAGAAGCAUCAGUUCUGGCAUCUUGCCCUUCCACUCUGCCAGGUGCUGCCUGGGGAGCAAAGGCUCACCUUUAGGGGGAGGAGAAAGCCUGCCCAACCUACCUCACCACAGUUUCUCACACUGCAAAGGGUCAUUACCUUGGGCAGUGCCGGCUACCUCCUCUGGUUCACUUUCCAUGAAUUCAAACUGUUGCUUCUUCCUGGGCAGGGAUGAUUCCUGACUCACAGAGGGUUGGCCUAGUAGGGCUGUGGUGCCCAUGUGUAAACUUGGGGAUGGCUGGGGAGGCAUGGACUCAUUCUUCCACAGUUGGCCCAACCUGCUGCCCAGCAGCCAGCCAUGCCAGGCUCACCACCUGUUCUGAGCCCCAGGGCUGUUGUAGGGCAGGCUGGGCCUCCUCCCAGACUUGCCUUAUCCUGGGCUGACCUUCGUCCCUGGGACUUAUUACUGGACUCCACUGACUCCUAAAAAAAAUAAAACAUUAAAUGAGCUUCCUUCCUUCUUGCUU